GCAGACUGAUCCGGGACGUGGGGGAAAACCAUGGCGUUUUGGAGGAAACGCAGUCAGGCUUUUGAGCCAAAUCCACCGGAAACAAAAUACGUUGUUCAGUAUCUAGGCAAGAUGCCUGCCAACGGGAAAAUGGGACUAGAAUGUACCAUGAAACCGGUUGAGACUAUGUACAGAACGUUUAAAUUCAACAAAGGUAAGAACUACCAACAAGUCAUGAUCGAAAUUACAAACAAGGGCAUAAGGAUCGUUGAAAUGAGUCUGACUGGCACGGAAGUGUCAAAGGAACAGUUUGUGCCCAUUCACAAAAUGUCUUUCGGAGCCGCUGACCCUGUCCAUACGCGAAUGUUCGCGUUCGUCAUGAAAAACGAGGAUAUCGAUGACGACAAUCCUUGGGAGUGUCAUGCCUUUUUAUGUGAGACCUCGUCCGUAGCUAAAGCGCUCACCUUGUAUUUAGUGAAAGCCUUCCAAAAGGCCGCCGAAGCGUGGGAGGCUAAACACAAGAAAAGUCGGAGUAAACCGAAGACUCUGCAUAUCACGCACGAGCAAGGGAGUUUGGAGCACCAGGUCGCUGAGAAGCGGACGCUACCAGCGGUGUCAACUGUUAAAAUCACCCUGAACGUGGAAAAUAUUGAGGACUAUGAUAGAGUAGGGAUGGACAGUUCUGGUAAAAAACAAUCUAAUCAUGUGCAUAACAACCGUGCUUUUGCUGCUGCUUUGGCCAAGAGGGAGCUGCCUAUUGGCCCCGAUGACUCAGAAAAGGACAAUGAAAACGCUGCGCUCAGAAGCAAGGAAUUACCGCCCACCGCGGAUAGCGGUGAUGAAAAACAAGAGCUCGUGGCCGCGUUCAACCUGCAAGUGAUCGGCCCAUCAGCUGCUACCAACAGCCCGUCCGCUUCCAAGCUCCGAAAACAAAGGAGCAUAGACAAAAAUAAAGAUGACACUGAACACAUUCACCAGGAAGCAAAAAAGGGCGAUAAUACCCACGGACAAAAGGAAACCAACGAAAACGGCACAAAAAAUAAUCCAGGCGCAUCGGAACCGGACGAAGAUAUGGAGGAAAUGGAUAAAACCAGAAAGAAAUCAGUGAGAUUCUCCGAAUCGGACUGUACCAUUCCUGUUCCAGGAUGGGCCGAUGAUGUCGUCUUGGGCGAUGAUGACGUCAUAGCCACAGGGGGGUCGAAAAAAUCAAAGUCUUCCAAAGGACUUCUUAACGGUAUCGCCAAUUUGAAAUUCGGAAAAAGUAGUAAAAAAUAGAAUAAGGCAUUGAUUUCUCCAAUUGUCUGCAAUAUAAUGUGUAAUAUCUAUUUGGGCGUUCACUGUAGUAAUUCAACAAAAUACAGGGCGUGGCGUUGUUUUGUCACUUACCCUUUAAAUACAUAGCAUAAAUUGUCUGUAGCCAGGACCUGAUACAGACUAAUACAUUUUAUCUUGUAAUUAAGUAAUCCCAGUGUUCCACAUCAUCAAUUUACUAAACAUACAUAUGACAAAUCAUAUUUUAGAACAAUUAUUAUAAUAUUUGGAGCAGCAGAAUAUAUUGAAAACAUUAAAACUAUAGUUUUGUCAAAUUGAUGAAGUCACGAUAAUGCAACCAGUUUCGUAUGUUUUUGACAAUGGAGCUAAAAAUAGACUUUCUAGCUUUAUGUUUAGAUGCCCGAUCAUCGAAUUCAAAACACGUGUUUCGCACAAGUAAUUGAUUCGCAAUUUUGACAUUUUGUUACGUUGCGCAGCGUUGUGCAGGUUUGACGAGGUCAGUUAACUUGGGUUACCGGUAUGCGUGAUAGUUUACUAAUUUCCAAUUAUACCUGAUUGAUUGGCCAUUAACGCCGAGUUUGGACUCCCUAUUUAAAUGAUUGCUCUUUACUCUUAUCAACUACAUUACAUCCCUUCAGUGCCAGAUAUUUUCCCGCCCUAAUUUCAGUACAAAUAUUUUCAAAUUUAGUGAAAUUGUCACUAAAUUUCAUCAUCAUUUUGGACCUAUAGGCAGUUUCAGAUAUUGCUUUAAGUUUUGAUCAAAAUAUUUGUCACAUUCAAGUGGGGGGGGGACAGACUGUACAAAACUAUUUUGUAGAUGGAGCCAACUAUUGACAAUGGCCAUGUCACGGUAUUAUUCUCAUGAUUGGACAUGUUAAAUUAAAGUUUAUAUACAGAUUUAAUCAUUUAUUCUCCAAUUAAUUAUUCUUAACCUGCCUCUACAUGUAUCUUUUUAAUAAAAGAAUUUAUUUUGCUUUUUAUUUGACAAUUCUGUAACAUUUUACGAAAUGUGCCACAUGGCCUUGUUAUCUACAAUAAUUAUAUGCAUUGUACAUACUUGCGACGUCAUUCCGAUAAUUUGAACCAUUGUAAUUUUAACUUUUUAAAAACAACACCACCUAAACUAUAAGGUUAGAACCGUCAAUUUACAACAUAGUAUUUUUAAUAAAUCUUAUAAGACUUUUA